UCAGACAGAGCACCGCUAGAGAUGUUUGAGUCAGUUCGGCGCAGCAAUUUGCGCAAACGAGCAGAGCUCCACGAGUUUGUAGUGAUGCACGUGCGACCAUUCUUCAAAUCCAGUGAUCUCGACACAAACAGGAGAGACAAAAUUGGAUAAACAACAGCCGUUAUUGCAUUUUUUCAUGUAAUAACGACAAAGAUGUUGACGUUCGAGACGCUCCUCGUGAAAGAGCUGCAGAAACAGCAGAGCAGGGCAGAGUUCUGUGACAUUGUGCUGCAGACUCGAGGUGUGUCAGUGCCCGUGCACAGCUGUGUGUUGUCUGCCUUCAGUCCUUGGCUCUGUGGUGCUCUGUCAGCCAUGCCAUCAACCCGAAAUGGACAGAGGAGACUGAUUGAAGUCCAAGCUGUGGAGGCCUGUACAUUGCUUAAUCUGGUCAGUCUGCUGUACUCCGGUCAGCUGAAUGAAGACAAAGAGGAAGUCCUGUCAGCAGCCUGCAAACUAGGCAUCGACAUACCUCAGCAAGUAGCAAAGAGGCCGUCAACUGAGCAAAACACACAGACAGAGUGCAUGAAAGAGGUGGCGGAUGGAGAGUGUCAAACUGAGACUGUUCUUCCUGAAUGUCAAAAGACCAUUGAAAGUGUUAAUCUGAUUGGGACGUCGUCGUGGAGGACCGAACAGGGGUUUUGCACGUACACUGAUGGCUCUGAUAUCACCCUAGCCACAGUUCAAACUGUCCAGGGUAAUCCAGACAACAUGCCAUUGCCUUCCUUUCAAGUCAUGGACGUGGUCCCUGAAAGCGCUAUGUAUCCCACAGCAAAUGGACCGGCCUGCUUGCCCCAGGUCUACGUAUGUCCCCCUACAUCUUCAUACCAACAGCCUCCAACCCCACUGCCACCUCACCCUUACCCUUCUCGUAGUACAAAUGUUGAGGGCCAGCCAGCAUUGGGGGGCAUUUCAGAGGGUGAGGAGUGUGUUGUAGAAGCAUUUUCACAGUUUGAGAACAAUAUUCCAGGUUUUAUCAAUUACUUUCUUGACACUAACAUCGUGCAGGGUGCAGGGCAAAGGGAGCAGAGUCAGAGAGGGAUGAGAGGGAAUGUCAAAACCGAAGGUAGGGCGACAAGGGCGCGGGGGGCAGGGGCACGUGGAGGUUUUGCUUUGAAGGGAGAAGGACUGAGUGUUUGUAAAAGAGGGCAAAAUAUGAAUAGGUGCGGAAGAGUGGCGGGGUCAGCCAGGAUGGGGCAAGGUGGGGGUAGGGUUGGCAGGAUGUUAGACACCAGACAAAUGUUCAAGAAUCAAGAGAGGCUUAAACGGAGACGACAAGGCAGAGGAGCAAUGAAGGAGGAAGGAGAGAGAGGCAGGUCUUCAUCACGGAGACCCAGAGAAAGAAAGGCAGGGAGCAGAGGCAGAUUGGUAGAACCAGUGUGUCAGGAUACAGCUCCACGUCGAAGAGGUCGUCCCCGCAAACGUCCUUUGCCCGAACCACCUGCAUCCCAAAAUUUCAAUGGAAUUUCACCACCUGAUCGGAAAACUAUAAACCCUCCAGCUCCAUCCAUGAUGCACACUGCAGCUCUCCCAGCUGCUAAUCAGACCAGCCUUGCUCAGCCAAUAGACUGGCUUAUAGAUGAUGUAAUUGCACAGCUCCCAUUUAUGCCCAGCAAUCAAACUGGAAUAACAAAUACUGCAACUGUAGAUUCCAACAUGGAUCAAACAAGAACACAGUCCUCAGUUAAGAUCUCGGAUCUGGGUAUAACCCAACCCCAGUCUGAAGGUGAGCUGACUGACAUACUUGAUAGUUUUCUGAGAACGUUUGAGCAACAUGUCGGUAUAUGCGAUUCAGACGUUCAAGAUGGGAUGGUGCCUAACAUAUCGGAUGGAACCCAGACCUGUGGACAGAAUUACACAGUCCACACACAAACAUCAAAUGCACAUGGCACUAUUAUGAACACAUCAAAAACCUCAUCAUCCACUAACAGACCACGAGUAUCAUCAGCUCGUAGACCACAGAAGCCAUCGUGUUUGUGGCAAGCCUCAGGUGUCAAAAUGGAGAAAUCAACAGGACGGCAAAGUGCACAGAAUCCUAAAUCUGGCCGGAUGACCAGGAGCCAAAGUAGGAAGAGGAAGCUGGAUGUAUUUGGAGAACUGCCUUGGAAAGAUGAGCUCCCAGCCAAACGGAGGAGAAAAAGAAACAAAGAACAAACAGAGAAGGCGAAGGUAGAGGCUCCUCUACCAAAGAAGAAAAAAAAAAAAACUAGCAGGCCGCACAGUGAAGAAAAGUGCACCAGCAGCAAAGCUGACUCAAGCUGCGCCGUUGCGAGCGCUUUAAGCAGAGUCAUAAAAACAGCUAGUGGCCACAAUGUGAAGUGUGUCACACAAACAACAAAGACAUUACCGAAGACUUCAGAACAGUCAAAAUCCUCUGAGUUGCAUGCUCACGAAGGAAAAAAGAAACAAGUGGGACAUGAUAAAAGAGACACAACCAAGACUCUUCUUGAAGGAAGUUCCUUAAAGCUGCCGUGCAGUACUGGGAGUUCACAACCCAAGCAGUCAGAUUCAAGGAAUACAUCCACUGGGUCCCGUCCAGCUCUUUCUGCUUUUGAGCUGAUGAAAAAGAUCUUGGAAAAUCACCAGAAGAGAGAGGAAGAGCACAAGAGAAAAGACAACAGAAUGUGGACUGUGAAAAAACAGAAAGUAAAGGAGAGGCUGACAAAUACAAAAGUACGUGGAGCUGAGGUAAAAAUGACUGGGAAUAAAGAGAAGAAUACUAGAAUCAGGAUUGAAGGGCACAAUAAAAGCGGAAUGAACCAAAAAGAUGAGGAAGAAAGUGGAAGAAUACAACAGAAGCAGAAGAACUGUUUUCUUCAGCAGAAUCAGCCAUCAGCUAAUGGUCGCAGCAUGUCAGAAGGAGAGAGACUGAUGGAGGACAGCUACAGCCGAGCAAGAUUUGAGACUGCUGACUCUCUCAGUGAUUCUCCUUUGCAAAGAUGCAGCACAGAAGGUGUGCUCAGAAACAUGACAGAUAAGCCUUUUGUCUCACAUGCACAAGACCCCACCACACCUCUUAAGAAACUUGGAAACGCACAAGAGUCAGUAGCCAGUUCAGAAGAGGAUGAGGAUGUCGAUGUUGUGGAGGUCUCCAGUUCUUUGUCUGAGUCCUUCUCUGUGCUGCCAGUCACUGCAGAUAUGUUGCUCAGCACAGGGGAGGAGGACAGUGAUGAAGAUAACGAGAUUGAUGUAAUAAGUUUAGGAUCCAGUUAAGCCUGUAGCAAUUUCUGUUACUGUUUAUUACUGUUUAGCUUCGUAGUUCUGAAUGUGUGUUGGUGCGUAUUUGAAAUACUAUUUCAAAUGAUCAGAGAUGUAGAACAUGGUAACUUUUCCCUGUGUAUAAUUCAACACAGAGUUCACACGUGUGACAGUUGACAGUAUUUGCUCUUUCGACUUUGGUGGCUUCAGUUUCAGGCAUCAGUAAUUUUUAUAGAUUUGAGUUCUGAAUGUUAAAAGUUGUUGAUUUGUGUCACAACCGUGCCUUAUAAUUAUUGAGACUGCUAUUAAUGCAU